AUGUGUCGUAAAAAGAAAGGUGAGGGUGAUGUAGGAGGAGGGAGUAAGGGGAUGGGGAAGUCGACUGAGACUGAGAAUGGUAUGGUGAAUAAAGGGGAAGUGGCAAAAGAAGGGGAAGGUAGGGAGAAGUUUCAGGAGGUGCAGAGAAGGAGAUCAAGGAAAGAAUUUAGGCAAAAGACGAUUGUUACUAAUCGGGGGAUAAACAAUAUGUUUUCUGUUUUGAAUCCAGAAAAUGAGAAGGAGAAGGAUAUUGAGUUUGAGAGGGGUGAACCUUCUGUUGUGCCAAAUAAAGAAGGGGGUUAG